AUGACGUCGAACGAACGAACGGUAAAGGAAUCGGACGCGAUUACUUGCUUUACGCAUGCCAAUUUACCUGCGAAAGUGAGGGCCAGCGUCGCGACGAGAAAAACGAGACGUGAACCAGGGGCCCUGGGUACACGGGUAGGCUCCAUCCAUGCAGGUAGUGCCCAGGGCGACCGCUGGCACCCCACUGAAAGCCAUGGCCGACAUUGCUGAGAGCGCAGCCUUCACUGACCCAGCGACUGCGAUCUCUCAUGGGAAACGGCACCUGCUAGUUCGGGAUUACACCAUGGCUGUAACUGCGUUGGCGCAAGCCUGCCAGCUACUUGUUGAAAAACACGGGGACACCGCGGACGAGCUUGGCGAACCUUAUUUACUGUACGGUCGUGCUCUUCUCGGUUUAGCGAGAGAGGAGGCCGCAGUAUUGGGUGGCGGAGUACCAGGCACAGAAGAAACUGAGGAAGACGAUGAGGAAGACGAGGAAGAAGCUGAGGACGAAAAAUUGAGCAACGUAGACGAGAAGGAGGAGGAGGAGAAUGAAGAACACACGGACAAUGGAACAGCCAGUGAAGGAAAAGAGAAAGCCGAGGAGAAAGUUGAAGAGUUGGAAGCUGAGCAAGAACCUAAGAAGUCGGAAGUUGAGAAGAAAGAAGAGAAGAAGGUAGAAACGAGCACUGAAAAGAAAGAAGUGGAAAAGACAGACUCUAAUAAGACUGAAGAUAGUAAAACAGCGGAACAAACGGUAGAAAAACCAGAAGAAGAUGAGAAACCUGCUGCUGGAUCCAGUAAAGAUACAAAUCACGCUAAUGGCCCUUCUUGUUCCACUGAACAGAACGGAAUUGUGAAGGAAAAUGGAGAAAAUGAUAGUGAGGACAUAGAGAAGGAAGAUGAAGAAGAUGAAGUCAACAAUUUACAGGUCGCUUGGGAAGUGCUAGAGUUAGCAAAACUAGUGCUGUUAAAGCGCGGUCAAGCGGGUUGGAAGUUAUUAGCUGAUGCUUAUCGACUAUUGGGAGAAGUGGCUAUGGAGGGAGGAAACUUUCAGGGUGCCCUGAACGAUCUACAUCGAUGUCUGGAACUUUUGCAAAAGAUUGAGCCACAAGAGCCAAGGGCAAUAGCCGAGAUUCACUAUCAGCUUGCAUUGGCUUAUUCUUUAGGUAAUGAAUUCGAUGCUAGCAUUGAGGAAUUUAACAAAGCUACGGAAUUGCUGGAGACGCGUAUCAAAGAAUUGGAAGAAAUGAAAGAGCCUCCUAAAACAGAUGAUUCUUUUUAUACGGUGGAAGGGGAGAUUCAGGAACUGAAAGAGCUGCUGCCAGAAAUUCAAGAAAAGAUCUCGGAUAUGAAAGACUUCAAACAGGAGGCUUGCAAACUCGUCAUAGAGGGUAUCAAAAGCAAAGUAGUUGGUGGUUGUUCAAAUAGUGCCGGACCAAGUGGUAGCAAUGAUUCUGCACCUAAAGUUCAAAAACCUGCUAGUGAUAUAUCUCAUUUGGUGCGUAAGAAACGAAAAGGCGAUGAGCUAGAGACAGAGGUCACGUCACCAUGCAAGAAACCAACGCCAGAGAAAACUGUUUGAAUGAGUUUGGUGCAUUUGAGAUGUUCUUGGUACCUUGUUAUUUUAUUUAGCGCAGUGAAAAUUUGAACCUUUAUAAAAAAUGUAAUUUUUAGCAUUGGACCAAAAUAGGGUAAAUAUCGGCAAUCCCACUGGAAAGACUCUGCAUGUCGGAGAUGUCGGAGGAAUGAACAGUAUAUCCUGAUUUGAUUCUAUCUAUUUUGUCAAUUACUCAUAUGUUUAUGUAUUUCAUUUCUUUCUUUACUAUUUCUAUAAUUCGUAUAUUUAUUUUAUAUCCAAUAAGAAAUUGGCAGCGUUUAAUUUGCUAAUUAUGUUAUUGAAAUUAUAAUCAUUUUUAAACUUUUAUUUUUCAGAACAUAUUCAAACAUUAAAACUUAA